AAUCGGUUUUCCCUCUUCACUCCAUCGCAGUAGGCAGUCGCGUUUUUGCAGCUCGAGGUGUUGGUUUGUGGUUUUCUCCGAGGCUUGAACUUGAUCCUUGAACUAGAAAAGAGAGAGGAUUUUCCUGUGUUGUGGGUGGACUAUUUUUGAUCUCGUGAUUUUUUCUAGUGCAAAUCGUAGUGUGAAUUGGUGGGAUAUUUGAUUCGCAUUGAUAGUUAUGGACGAGUUGAGAGGAAGCCAAACGAUAAAACAGUGCAUUUGAAGUGAUUGCCAAAUUUAUGCUAAUAAGUUUGUGAGUUUUGAGAAUUUUCGAGAAAAACGCUCAAAAUGAUUUCCAACAAGCAGUAACCACUAACGAAAAAAGGCAGCAGCAGCAGCCCCGCAACGCCCUUAAAUUUACGACGAAUUUGUUGCGCCAGCAGGAAAAGCUCCCUCUAAUGGUAGUGUUGUAGUGGAACGUUAAUUUUGGAAAAAAACAAAAAUCCGCUUGAUUAACAAAAAAAAAAAGAACAUUUGAGUAUACACACAUUUUUUUGGGCUCGAAUAUGGCGGAAAGUGUGUCCUCCUCUUCCUCCUCUCAUGAACAUGACGGACAGAAAGACAAUCUCAGAACUUCGCUGCCGGUGCCCAUGUUCUCGCGGAAUGACUUCAACAUCUGGUCAGUGCUGAAGAAUUGCAUCGGUAAGGAGCUAAGCAAAAUCACCAUGCCCGUCGUCUUCAACGAGCCGCUGAGCUUCCUCCAGCGGAUGACCGAGUACAUGGAGUACGCCCGGCUGCUGCGGAUAGCCGCUCAACAGCAGGAUCCGGUCGAGCGGCUCAAGUUUGUGUCGGCGUUUGCCGUGUCGGCGCUGGCCUCCAACUGGGAGCGGUUGGGAAAGCCGUUCAACCCCCUGCUGGGCGAAACGUACGAACUCACACGGCCCGACUUCCGGAUCAUAUGCGAACAGGUCUCCCACCACCCGCCGAUAUCGGCGUUCCACGCGGACUGCCCGGACGGGUUCACCUUCCACGGGUCGAUCCACCCGAAGCUCAAGUUCUGGGGCAAGAGCGUCGAGAUCCAGCCCAAGGGCACGGUCACGGUGGAGCUGCCGGGCCACGGCGAGGCGUACUCGUGGAACAACGUCAACUGCUGCGUGCACAACAUAAUCGUCGGCAAGCUGUGGAUCGAGCAGUACGGCACGAUGGAGGUCGUGAGCCACGAGCACGGGCUGAAGGCCACGCUGACGUUCAAGACGGCCGGCGCCGGGAACAAGGAUCUGCACCGGGUCGAGGGGUACAUUUCGGACCGGAGCAAACGCCGAACGCACUUCCUGUACGGCAAGUGGACCGAGUUUAUCAAGUGCACGGACUACGCUUCGUACGAGGAGUACUGCAAAGAGAACGGCUACAAGUUCAAGCGGGCUGAUGAGCGCAGCAAGAGUCCGAACGAGUCCCCGGGAAAUACUCCGAGAAAGGUCCUGUCCAAGCUCAACAGCAUCAAGCUCAGCUCGUUCAAGAGCUUGUCGAUAUCGGAGCCGGACGACCCGCCGGAACCGGCCGACGGUGGGGACAUCCCCAAGAGCGACUCCACCUACUCGAUCGACAUUCCCAACUCGGUGACGCUGUGGGAGGCGGAACCGCGGCCCGGAAACACCGCCGAGUACUACCAGUUUACCCGGUUUGCCAUGUCGCUGAACCAGAUGGAGGACCACAUGCGCGGACCGCAGCGGCCACUGUGUCCGACGGAUUCGCGGCUGCGGCCCGAUAUCCGGAAGCUGGAGAAGGGCGACAUGGACGGUGCGGCGGCGGAGAAGACGCGCCUCGAGGAGAAGCAGCGCGAAAACCGGAAGAAGUGUAAAAAGGCCGAUGAGAGCAUCUUUCCGAGAUGGUUCAAACAGGCCGUCAACCCUCACACGAAGCAGGACGACUGGCUGUACAAGGGCGGCUACUGGGAGCGCACGGACGAUUCGAUGGUGAUGGAGAUCUUCUAAGGUGUGUGUGUGUGUUGGAAAGAGAAAUUAAGAGAGAUCGUUUGUGCAGGGCAACAUUUUAAAACCACUCAAAUUUGGAAGGCAGAGGCGGGAAACUUCCAAUUUGGUGUUCCAUCAUCAACAUGAAAAAGCAAAAUCAUAUUACAUAAAAGGUGUAAAAGCUUCUUACUUUUCUAAGAAGUGUUGAAAAGAGUAAUUUUCGUUGAAAGAAAACAAAGAAUUAAUGCUAGAAAUGCUUCGGGCAAAGCUGUGCCAACGAAUGAGUUAAAGAAAUGCGUACACUGCAUAACACUGACAA